CCCCCCCCCCGCAGUCGCCGCCCUCCGUCCCUCCCCUUUCCCGUCUCCACGCCGCCGCCGUCCCUCCCCCUCCCGACCGCCGCCGCCGUCCCUCCCCCUCCCGACCGCCGCCCUUCCCCAUGCCACCUCAGCGCGCCGCCCUCCGUGGAGGGCGCAGACGGCGGAUCUAGGCCGGCGACAUCGAGGCGAAACAGUGGGCGGCGGAUUCGGUCCAGCGGCGUCGAGGCGGAUCGAUGGGCGGCGGAUCCGGUUGCCAGCGUCGAGGCAGUGCAGCGGUAGGCGGAUCCGGGCGGCGGCGGAUCCGGGCGCCGGUGUCGAGGCGGCGGCGCUGGUGUCGAGGCGUCGAGGCGUCUCGCACAUCUACUGCGGCCCCACCACCGCCGCGCCGGGCGCUUCCCGCGCCGUCGACGGCCUUCUCCACCCCGUCGCCCACGUCUUGCACAUCUACUGCGGCCCCACCACCCUGCGCCGGCCGCCCAGGCGCACGUCGCCAAGCUCAUCUCCACCGUCAUCGCCUUCAAGGAGGACAACCUCCGCAUCACGCGCUCUCCUCCGGCCUCCCCCACCGCCGCCGCCGCCUCCCGCUCCCCGGCACGCCCGGACACACCGGCCCCCCGGCGCCCCCGAAGCCCUCCCACGAAGGCGACGUCUCCAGCGACGGCGGCAGCGAUAGCGACUGGGAGGGCGUGGAGAGCACCGAGCUCGACGAGGAGUUCAGCGCCUCCUCCGCCGCGUCAGGAACCAACGUUGUCCCUGGGCUCUACAGGGUAUUCAAGAUCGCCACCGAGGUGCCCUGCACCACGCCGCAGCCGUCCGCACUCAAGCUGAAAGCCCGUGCCAAGUGGAAUGCUUGGCAUAAGCUGGGUGCUAUGCCUACAGAAGAAGCUAUGCAGGAGUACAUCACAAUAGUUGAUGAGCUAUUCCCUAACUGAGCUGCUGGUUCAGGCACGAGAAGGAAAGAUGAAGAUAGCAUGGCUUCUGCAUCAGGUUCGAAGGGACCCAUGGGACCUGUCUUUAGCAGUUUCAUGUAUGAGGAAGAUGAAGGAAAUGAAGCGUAAGUGUUAUUUACCUCAUGUAUGUCUUCUACAGCAGUUAAUUCUACCUUUGUGGAUGUGACAAGUCAUAUGAAGUAAGAUGGCAUUCUCACUGUUCUGUACAGCUUAAGCUGUCUAAUACUCUACUUGAGUAACUUAAGGAGCAGAUUUUAUUUAGGGUCAGCAAUUUGUCAUUGUGUGUGCUAUUUGUGAUAUUGCAGGAGAGAGUCCUGAAUAUCUAACUUCAUUGGGUGACAGAAAAUUAAUACAUCAGCCUUUCUUCAGUUGAACAAAUACUAAUAUCAUGAUAUAUAGCACCUUGCAUUAAUAUUGAAGAUAUACUAAAAUUGGAGCUGGUUAGGUAUAUGUAGUUUCAGUACUCUCAUGUUAAUAAAUUUCUAAGACUAAUAAAUUUUGAAUAUAUUUCUAAGACUAAUAAAUUUUGAAUAUAUCUCAUGGCAUCGUGGGGCUUUGUUUCUUUCUGUACACACAUGCCUGAAAGUUUUCUUAUUUUGUGAUGAAAGAAGUCAAACAUCGGCAAUAUUUGGUGACAGAUUUUUUCAUGUUACUGAUUAGUUGUCACAGGUCCUCCUGAGGAUUCUUCUGCUCAUGGAAUUUUGUUACAAACACAAAAUAUCAUUCAUGGAGAAUCCCUUUUUCGUUCCAGUAUUUUGGGACCUCAUGAAAGAACUAUAGGUCUUUGCCAACAAAGCUUCCUUUGAUUCUAGCUGUAUCUUUUUUUUAGGGAAAUUGCAACUGUAUCUUUGCCAAGACGAGAUAAUACUACUGUUCUAUGUAUAUAUAGCCGAGUGCUGUACAGUUCAAUUAUUUUUUUGUACAAGUCAAUUGUAUCAUAUAGCUGACUUCUAAGCAUAUACUGAUAUACCGUAGAGCAUAUCUUGUGAAUGAAUAAUAUCUUUAGUUGGUAAAUCCAAACUUUUGCAACUCCUUAUUGCAGAGAGCCCAACCAAAUGCAGGUGCUCAUCCUCUACGGGCGCGGCGUAGCGCACCAAUCUUCCUAGUAGUUAGUACUAGUACUAGGGUCUGAGAGCAACUCCAGCCGAGUGACUAUCCGGGUUCCUAUCUGACCUUUUAGUCGCUCUGGGCCAAAAAUCACCCUCCAACGGGGCGACUAUCCAGGCGACUAAAAUUGGUAGCCCACCAAAUUUUGGGGCAAAGCCCACAAAUCUGGGUCCCUCUAUCCCCUCUCUUCCUCUCCCUCUCUUCUCGCGGUGCUGGGCCUGGGAGCGAGGCGGCGGCGGCGCUUCUUCUCCGGCACCUCGCCGACGCACACGUCCUCGCGGUGCUGUGCUCCCCCGCCGCCGUGGUGGAGGUGUCGGCGCGGAGGAUUGGGGAGACGUGCGGCGGCGGCGUAGAUCCGGUGAGCCAGACCAGCGCGGCGCGGGCCUGCUCGCCGCUGAGGCGCGCAGCGAGCUCGCGGCUGCCGGCGCGCGCGGAGCUCUUCCAGGUGCCUCCCGCAGCCGGAGUAACCAGUGAAAGCUGCUAGCUGACGCGGUCGGAUCUCUGAGCUUUCGCUCGCCGUCGGUGAAGGAGAAGGCGACGGGGACGAGCUCGGCCACAGCGGCGCACCACCGAGCUGGUUGCCGUAGUUGUGCAAUGUGAAGGCCGCCGCCGGGCUGUCGAGGCGAUGAGCCGCCUGCUGGUACUGCCGGUGCAGACGCACGCUCGCCUGCAUCCUUUCGAGAGCCGACGAGGCGAAGUAGCUGUGCUGCCAGGCUGGGCUCGUGAGGAGCUGGAGGCGCGGCUCCGCCCUCGGGCGCCGGCCGCCGCCGAGCAGGCGUCGCUUGAGCUUGGUGUUCCAGUGGUUCUUGACGUCGUUGUCCAGCAGGAGCGGGUGAACAGGAUCCAGCAGGACAUGAACCUCGGCGGCGGCGGGCAGCAGCCUCGUGUUGUCGUCGACGGCUCCGACGCUCACCAAGCUCGAAGAGCUCAGGGCCUACCUGCACCACCUCCAAUCGGAGAAGGCCAGUUCUGAUCGAUUCUUCACAUUUAAUUUGAGCUCUUAUCUGAAGGAGGAGUUGAUUCCUGAAUCCUGAUUGAUUCUUUACGAUAAUUAUAUUCUUGUUUUGAAAUUUGGCAGGAGAGCUGCACCAGGAAGGUUGCGGAGCUCAUGAGCUUGUUGCAGUCUUCGUCCUUGGUGCUCGGCAUGGAUCCCAGGGAGAUCACCGCCGCCCGCCGCGGCGACGAGCAUGCCGGCGACUUCAGCGACGCCGCGAUCGCGAGGCUGGCGUCGGAGAUCGAGAGGCUGAGGGAGAUCAAACGGAGCUGGAUGGAGAAGCUGCAGGACCUGGUGGCGAGCAUGCUGGAGCUGUGGAACCUGAUGGACACGCCGGAGGAGGAGCAGCGGCGGUUCCAGGGCGUCGCCUGCAACAUCGCUGCGUCGGAGGACGAGAUCCCCGACGGUCUCCGCGACGGCGUCGGAGGAGAGGCGGCGGCGCGCUGGCGUCUGGCGGGCGGCGUGGGGCGGCGGGCGGCGGCGAGCGAGCGGGAGAGAGACGGGAGCGCGUCGGGAGAGAAGACAGGAGAGAGAUGGGGCCCACUGGUCAGAUGGAUAGAGGCCCUAUUUAGUUAGUUGGGCUGGAGCACACCUCUUAUUUGGCCCUCUAAAUUUUUAAAACUGGCCCUCAAAAUGAAAUAUAGAGGCCCAUUUUUAAUCAGU